AUGCAUAUGAUUUUACGGCAAGUUCUGGAGCAUCUGUCUCAGCAAAGUGAAAACCAGUAUCUAAAGAUUUUAACAAGCCUUGCUGAAGUUGCCACAACAAAUGGUCAUAAACUACUGAGCCUAUCUAGCAAUUAUGGUGCUCAAAUGAAGACUUUAAGGAUUGUAAGGAUAUUUUGUCAUGUCUUUCAAAUUGGUCCUUGCUCCCCCAGUAAUGGCAUCAAUAUGGGCUACAAUGGAAAUAAAACUCCAAGAAGCCAGGUGUUCAAGCCUCUGGAAUUGCUUUGGCACUCAUUAGAUGAAUGGCUAGUUUUAAUAGCUACAGAAUUGAUGAAAAACAAGAAGGAUUCAACAGAUACCACUUCUAUUUUACUGAAACAAAAAGGCCAAGAUCAAGGGGCUACUUCCAUUCCACCAUUUGAACCUCCAGGACCUGGGAGCUAUGAACAUCUAUCGACUGGCACAGGAGAAUCUAAACCAGAUGCUCUUGCAGGGAAACAGGAAGCCAGUGCAGAUUGUCAAGAUGUUAUUUCUAUGACAGCCAACCGGCUAAGUGCUGUCAUUCAAGCUUUUUACAUGUGCUGCUCCUGUCAGAUGCCUCCAGGAAUGACUUCACCUCGUUUCAUUGAAUUUGUCUGCAAACAUGGUGAAGUUUUAAAAUGCUUUGUUAAUAGAAACCCCAAAAUUAUAUUUGACCACUUUCACUUUCUCCUUGAAUGUCCUGAGUUGAUGUCAAGAUUCAUGCAUAUCAUAAAAGCACAGCAGACCAUAGAAGAAUUCUCUGACCUGCCUCUCCAGAAAGAAGCCAUAAGACCCUCAUCCAGGAGAGUCCUGUCCUAUAUUCCACACCAAAAAUUUUUGGAACAAACUUGUUUUGUUAGGUUCCUUCCAGUUUUUUACAUUAGAUCCUACUCUAGUUCCCCAUCAUACUUCUUCGUGACUGUCCAUGAAAAUACACAGUCUUCCUUGGGUCUUUAGCUCUGCAUCUCUGGAGGAUCCCGUGCCAUGUAAAAUUGUAUUAAAUAUAUCUGUUAUGCC